AUGAACUUAUUUCCGCUCACAGACGAGUGCCACCAUUACUCUCACGUGUCAGAAGUACCGUGGGACAUCCAGAAAUACUGGCAUCAACGCAACAGUAUCUUUUCAUGCUACAACAAAGGAAUCCGUAUGACAGAUGACGCCUGGUUUGGCGUCACUCCUGAGCCUGUCGCGAAAAAAGUAGCCGAGGACUUGGCCGCAUUUGCAGACCCUUCCAAAACAAUAGUGAUUGACAUAUUUGGGGGUGUCGGCGGAAAUUCCAUCGCCUUCGCGCUCUCCGGACGGUGGGCACAGGUCAUCACCAUCGAGAAAGAUCCCUCAGUAAUCGCCUGCGCACAACACAACGCGGCACUCUAUGGUGUCCGUGAUCAAAUAACUUGGGUCAAUGACGACUGCUUUUCGUAUCUCUCAUCGAAUACAUGGAUCGAUCCCUCGAAAACUGUCAUCUUUGGCUCGCCUCCAUGGGGAGGGCCGGGUUAUACAUCAGACAAAAUCUUCAGUCUGAAUACUAUGCAGCCUUAUUCUGCAAAGCAGAUCCAUGAUGCCUGCAGAGGAAUGGAUUCGGCGCUGUACUUGCCGAGAACCAGUGAUCUGAGACAGAUCGCACGGUUGGCACCAAAGGGAAAGAAGGUGGAGGUUGUCCAGUAUUGUAUGGAGGGAGCGAGCAAAGCUAUGGUUGCUUAUAUCCCUGCUUCUCCUGUUGCUACAUCAUGA